AGAUUAUCCUAAGCUUCGAUCAUCUUCCCGGCGGUUUCGUCAACAACACGCUGUGGAAUGUCUGCAUUGCUCCUCUUUCUUCAAAUAAACUCACGCGCUGCGUGUGAUUACAUAGCGCCAUCUUGAUCCUUAAUUAUCCAAAAGAAGCUUCAUUUAGUAAUUUUGUUUACCUUGGAAGCACAAAGCUAUGGAAUCGGAGGCCUCGGAGUACGCGUACCCUGUGGUUGGUGAAAUUGCAAUCGAUCUGUUUGUGUCGAAGAAACACCCCGGAGUCACACGUGGCCAUCUCGCCUUUCUCGAUCAAUCCAGUAAUCUAGUCUUCAGGAUCAACCCUCACUCUCCUAAAUCAUUGCCUUCCAAUAACUAUAAGAAAGUACUGCUUGAUGCCUCCGGCGAACCCCUCCUUUCGAUUUACCGGUACCGUAAUGGAUUAUGGAAAUGCUACAAGGGCGAUAGUAACGAGGAGAAGGAUUUGGUGUUCAGAGUUCAGAGGUCCUUGAAAACGCUUACUAGAGUUGAGCUGGAGGUGUUUUUGACCGGUGAGAAAUUAGAAGACUCAACCUGUGAUUUGAAAGUUAGAGGCUUCCCUUUCCAGAGAUCAUGUAGCAUCUAUCGUGACAAUUCAUUGUUGGCACAGUGUACAAUUGGAUCAUGGAUGACAGAAGGAACUUUUGAAACUCAGCAGACUUGUGACUCUAGACUAGCCUGAUGUACAAGCUCAACCAAUUAUUCGUCAGUAGGAAAAAAUUUCGGCUGACAAUUUUUCCCGGGUCCUAUGAUCAUGCUCUAUUUGCGGCUCUGGUUGUGAUAUUUUUGAAUGGAAGGAAAUAAUUUCUGUUGAAGAUGGCAUGUAAACUGUAUAUGAUUUUUCACUGAUUAAGGGUGUGUUUGGAUUGGCUGUAGGCAAAACUGACUUUUGUUCUAACUAACUUUUGUAACUGAA